AUGACACCUAGUAGUGAUAAUAACAAUGUUCAUCGUCCAGGUGCACUUAAGCAACAAAAUAAAAAAUUUAAAACUGGUCGUCAUCGAUCUCAGCAUGAAAUUAAACGAAGCACAAAAGGUCGAGUUGCAGAAAACAAACAUGCGCGUAGUUUAAAACGUUUAAAUAUCACCAGUAAACAAGAUCGAGUAAAUGCAGCUAUUCAACUUCGAAAACAAAAGCUUCAGGCGAAUAAACAAGCAAGACAAACAAUUGGAGCUAUUGAUGGAGUUCCACAAAUAAUUACAGUAAUACCUCUAUCAUCGGAUGUUAAUGUUUUUUCAAUCGUUGAAUUAAUAACAAGUUCUAUUAAUGAUCAAAAAUCAUCUGAUCAAGCAACUGAUUGUGGUGCAAGAAUUUAUACAUGUCCAAAACUCCGAUCGAAAUUUUGUUUUUUAACACCAACAGUAACAAAUUUAGAAAACAUUCUGGAUUGUGCAAAGAUGUCUGAUACAAUAAUUUACAUAAUAUCGUCAUCGACUGGUUUAUCAAUAGAAGGUGAUUAUUUAAUUGAUUUAAUUAAUAUACAUUGUCUUCCCCAAUCAAUUAUUUAUUCCGUAAUAUCAUCUUCAAACGAUGACAACAUGUCAACAAUAUCAUCAACAUCAAAAGUUUCGUCAUUUAAAAAUUUAGAAAAAUUUCUUGAAAAAAAAUUUUCCGAUGUUAAAUUAACUCCAUUAGAUAAUCAACAAGAUGCCCAACGUCUUCUUAAUAAAUUAACACAACAGAAAUUAAUUAAAAUAAGUAAAAAAUUUCAAAGACCUUACUUAUUUGCUCAAACGUUUUCUUAUGAAAAUCCAAAAUCAUCAAAAAGUACAUUAAAAUUAAGUGGAUACUUGCGUGGAACUCAUUUAUCUCCCAACGAUCUUGUUUAUAUUCCUAAUUUAGGAACAUUUCAAUUAGAAAAAAUUGAAGAACAUCGAUUUCAACGAGAUUCUGAUGGAAUAUUAAAACCAAUAGUUGAAAAUAAUUAUUUACCUGAUAAAGAUCUUCAACGAUCGUUAUCAUUUGAAGCUGAACAAGAUCCAAUGAAUUAUGAUGAAGAUCAAACAUGGCCAACUAAAGAAGAAAUUGAUAAAGCAAAACAUCAAUUGAAAAAGCGUGUACCCAAAGGUACAUCACAAUAUCAAGCUGCAUGGAUAUUAUCAGAUGAUGAAGAUGAUAAUUCAGAAAAACAACAAAAUGAUUUAAAUGAUAAUGAACACGAUAUGAUGGAUGACUAUGCCGAUGAUCUGCAUUCAAUUCAACUCGAUCAAGCAGAUAAACAAGAUGAAGAAGAAGAAGAAGAAGAAAUGGAAGAAGUUGAGAUGAAUCCAAAUAAUUAUGAUGAAAAAUAUGAUUUAGAAGAAGAUAAACAAACUUUGAAACAAAUAAAAGAUGCAAAAUUAGAUGAACAAUUUCCCGAUGAAAUUGAUACACCAAUGGAUGUUCCUGCUCGUGUUCGAUUUCAAAAAUAUCGAGGUUUGAAAAGUUUUCGAACAACAAAAUGGGAUGUGAAAGAAAAUUUACCAUCUGAUUAUGGAAGAAUUUAUCAAUUUCCGAAUUUUCGUGCUAUGAUUAAACAAAUACAAAAUGAACAAGACAAUAAUCAAAUAACACAAGAUCAUGCUCCGGUUCAUAGUUAUGUAACUCUUUACGUAAAAGAUGUUCCUGUUACUCGAUUUGAACCUGGCUAUCAUUUAUUUUCAACUGGUCUUUUACCAUAUGAGCAAUGUCUAUCAGUAUUAAAUAUUGUUUUAAAUCGAACGAAUGAUAGUGAAAUAAUUCUUAAAUCCAAAGAACGUCUUAUAUUUCAUGUCGGUUUUCGUCGUUUUGCAAGUUCACCAAUUUAUUCUCAGCAUACAAAUGGAGAUAAACAUAAAUUCGAAAGAUAUUUUCGAGCUCAUCAAACAUUGGUUGCAACAUGUUUUGGUCCAAUAACAUAUCCACCAGCAUCUGUUUUAGCAUUUAAAGAAUACCCUGAUGGUCGUCAAGAAUUAGUAGCUACUGGUUCAGUUCUUUCAGUUAAUCCAGAUCGUGUAACAUUAAAAAGAAUUGUAAUCAGCGGACAUCCAUUUAAAAUUCAUAAAAGAUCAGCUGUUAUUCGAUAUAUGUUUUUUAAUCCUGAUGAUAUUAAUUGGUUUAAACCAAUUGAAUUACGUACACGAUGGGGUCGACGAGGACAUAUCAAAGAAUCACUUGGUACACACGGUCAUAUGAAAUGUCAAUUUGAUGGAAUUCUUAAAUCACAAGAUACUAUUUUUAUGAAUCUCUACAAACGUAUUUAUCCAAAAUGGACAUAUGAACCAUUAUCUAUUCAACAACAACAAAAAGAGAAAGAAACUAAUGAAGAACAUAUUAUGCAAUGA